AUGCUUGAGUCAAAUGAGGAACUUACAAAUGUACAAUGCGUUAAAGUAGAAUAUCCAGUAGGCGAAUGGUUUGGAUGUUUUGGCAAAUAUUCAAUGAUCAAUCUUCGUAGAUUAUUUUCAAGUUUGGUUUUUAUUCCGGAAUAUAUGGGUGUAACUUAUGAAGAAUAUCUUGAUUUGUUGGACAUCUUUGUUAAGGAAUCAAACGAAAACAAAACUUAUACUCAUCUUCAAAGAUGUUUUGCCAAAAAAACUUGGAUUG